UUUCGCAAAAAUGAUGAAAUGAAGGCUAUGGAAGUAUUACCAAUUUUAAAGGAAAAAGUUGCAUACCUUUCAGGUGGCCGAGAUAAGCGUGGAGGCCCCAUUCUAACAUUUCCAGCUCGUAGUAAUCAUGAUAGAAUACGGCAGGAAGACCUUAGAAGACUAAUUUCAUACCUAGCUUGUAUUCCUAGUGAGGAAGUAUGUAAACGAGGAUUCACCGUCAUUGUAGAUAUGCGUGGGUCAAAAUGGGACUCCAUAAAGCCUCUGCUGAAGAUUUUACAGGAAUCCUUUCCCUGUUGUAUUCAUGUUGCACUGAUAAUCAAGCCAGACAAUUUCUGGCAGAAACAGAGGACUAACUUCGGCAGCUCUAAGUUUGAGUUUGAGACAAAUAUGGUGUCUCUGGAAGGCCUUACCAAAGUAGUUGAUCCUUCUCAGCUAACCCCAGAAUUUGAUGGCUGUUUGGAGUACAACCAUGAGGAGUGGAUAGAGAUCAGAGUUGCCUUUGAGGACUACAUUAGCAAUGCAACCCAUAUGCUGUCCAGACUGGAGGAGCUGCAAGAUAUAUUGUCAAAAAAGGAAAUGCCUCAGGACCUGGAAGGUGCUCGCAAUAUGAUAGAGGAGCACUCACAAUUAAAAAAGAAAGUCAUUAAGGCCCCUAUCGAGGACCUUGAUGUGGAAGGACAAAAGCUGCUCCAGCGGAUACAGAGCAGUGAUAGCUUCCCCAAAAAGAACUCUGGGUCAGGGAAUGCAGACUUACAGAACCUUUUACCCAAAGUAUCCACCAUGCUGGACAGGCUGCACUCAACACGGCAGCAUCUGCAUCAGAUGUGGCAUGUGCGGAAAUUGAAAUUGGACCAAUGUUUUCAGCUCAGGCUGUUUGAGCAGGAUGCUGAAAAGAUGUUUGACUGGAUCACACACAACAAAGGUCUGUUUCUGAACAGCUACACGGAAAUUGGAACCAGUCACCCGCAUGCGAUGGAGCUUCAGACACAGCACAAUCACUUUGCCAUGAACUGUAUGAAUGUGUAUGUAAACAUAAACCGGAUCAUGUCAGUAGCAAAUCGCCUGGUCGAGUCUGGCCAUUAUGCUUCACAGCAAAUAAAACAGAUUGCUAGUCAGUUGGAGCAAGAAUGGAAGGCGUUUGCUGCAGCCUUGGAUGAACGUAGCACAUUACUGGAUAUGUCCUCCAUCUUCCAUCAGAAAGCUGAACAGUACAUGAGCAAUGUAGACUCAUGGUGUAAAGCCUGUGGUGAGGUGGAGCUUCCCUCAGAACUGCAAGAUUUAGAAGAUGCUAUCCAUCAUCAUCAAGGGAUAUAUGAGCAUAUUACGUUGGCUUACUCUGAGGUGAGCCAAGAUGGAAAGUCACUGCUUGACAAACUUCAGAGACCUUUGACUCCUGGGAGUUCUGAUUCCCUCACUGCUUCAGCUAACUACUCAAAAGCAGUUCAUCAUGUUCUGGAUGUCAUCCAUGAAGUACUGCACCACCAGCGCCAACUGGAAAAUAUUUGGCAGCAUCGUAAGGUCCGCUUGCACCAGAGGCUUCAGCUAUGUGUUUUUCAACAGGAUGUUCAACAGGUGUUGGAUUGGAUUGAAAACCAUGGAGAAGCUUUUCUUAGCAAACAUACUGGAGUGGGAAAAUCCCUGCAUCGGGCUAGAGCUUUGCAGAAACGCCAUGAAGACUUUGAAGAGGUUGCACAGAACACAUAUACCAACGCAGAUAAGCUCCUAGAAGCAGCCGAACAGCUCGCUCAGACUGGGGAGUGUGACCCAGAGGAAAUUUAUCAAGCUGCCCAUCAGCUCGAAGACCGAAUACAGGAUUUUGUUAGGCGUGUGGAGCAACGCAAGAUCCUGCUGGACAUGUCUGUGUCCUUUCACACUCAUGUUAAAGAGCUGUGGACAUGGCUUGAAGAGUUACAGAAAGAACUGCUUGAUGAUGUCUAUGCUGAGUCUGUGGAGGCUGUCCAAGACCUGAUUAAACGUUUUGGUCAACAACAACAGACCACUCUGCAGGUUACAGUCAACGUCAUAAAAGAAGGUGAAGAUCUUAUACAGCAACUAAGGGAUUCUGCCAUUUCUAGUAACAAGACCCCCCAUAACAGCUCGAUCAACCACAUAGAGACAGUCCUGCAGCAGCUGGAUGAAGCCCAAUCUCAGAUGGAGGAGCUUUUUCAAGAACGCAAGAUCAAGCUUGAGCUGUUUCUGCAGCUCCGCAUAUUUGAAAGAGAUGCAAUAGAU